CCAACAUGGCGGACGAGGCAAUUUCGAACUCAGUUCAAUGUCCUGUUUGUUUCAAAGACUUCACACCUGGAGCAAUUAACGGACAUCUGGACACAUGUUUGCUGAGCAGCGCUGCUGACAGUCCGUCCACCGCUGCUGUGAGUGGGCCUCCAGUGAAGAAAGUGCGCGUUUCGGAGCCUGUCAACGACUCUGCUUCCUCCUUCUCCUCCGCCAUGCCUGGGACACAAUCCUCUUCUUCGGUUUUCUCUCUGUUUCAAGCCAACAAGGACAAACUUGACGCUCAGCCUGAGAGAAGUGCGGCCAAGCGAAGUCCAGUCAGUGCUUUUAGUAAGGGAACUAAACGUGUAUUGACUGUGUCGGGAUCAACAGGGACAGAGACUCCAUCUGUGCCAAACAGCGAAGCUGAGAAGAACAUUAAUCACUUACCAGCACGGACCCUGUUAUCAUUAAACAAACCUCUGGCGGAGGUUCUGAGACCGAACACGCUGGAGGAUUACUUUGGCCAGAACAAAGUUGUAGGCCAGCAAACUCUCAUCCGGUCGCUUCUGGAAUCUCAGGAGAUCCCAUCUCUUCUUCUCUGGGGUCCACCGGGAUGUGGAAAGACAACCCUAGCCCACAUCAUUGCCAGCACGAGUAAAAAGAAAGGAUCGGCUCGUUUUGUCACACUGUCGGCCACCAGUGCAUCCACCAACGAAGUCCGAGAGGUGAUCAAGCAGGCACAGAAUGAGCUCAGGCUGUGCAAGAGAAAGACAAUCCUGUUCAUUGAUGAAAUUCACCGCUUUAACAAAUCCCAGCAGGACACCUUCCUGCCUCAUGUGGAGUGCGGUACCGUCACUCUGAUUGGAGCAACCACUGAGAAUCCAUCCUUCCAGGUGAACGCUGCUUUGCUGAGUAGAUGCAGGGUGCUGGUUCUGGAGAAGCUGUCGGUCGAGGCAAUGGGCUCAAUUUUGAACAGGGCAGUGGCCGCACUUGGGAUCCAAGUCCAAGGACAAGAUUCAACAAAUUCCUCUUAUCGAGACGAGACCAGUAGCUAUGAACCAACUAUAUACAUAGAGCAGAAAGCCUUGGACACCAUAGCCUACCUCUGUGAUGGUGACGCAAGAACUGGACUCAAUAGUCUCCAGCUGGCUGUUCAAGCUCAGAUGAAAUCCCCACAACUGAACCAGUCAACACAACACGGAUUUCCUCAAGAGAUUGUGGUGACAGAGGAGCAUAUCAAGGAGGGUCUCCAGAGGUCCCACAUCCUCUAUGAUAAAGCAGGUGAGGAGCAUUACAACUGUAUCUCAGCGUUGCAUAAGUCCAUGAGAGGCUCCCACGAGAAUGCCUCCCUCUACUGGCUGGGCCGCAUGCUGGAGGGCGGUGAGGAUCCGCUCUACGUGGCCCGCAGGCUGGUCCGCUUCGCCAGCGAGGAUGUUGGUUUGGCUGACCCCUCCGCUCUCACUCAGGCUGUAUCCACCUUUCAAGCCUGUCACUUCAUUGGUAUGCCUGAAUGUGAGGUAAUCCUUGCUCAAUGUGCUGUCUACCUUGCACGAGCUCCCAAGUCUAUAGAGAUCUAUAAGGCGUAUGGCAAUGUAAAAGCAUGUUUGAGAAAUCACAAAGGUCCCCUCCCUCCUGUCCCCCUGCACCUACGCAAUGCACCCACCAGGCUGAUGAAACAGCUGGGCUAUGCUAAAGGCUACAAAUACAACCCAGAAUUUAGCAGCCCGGUGGAACAGGAGUACCUGCCUGAGGAGCUCCGGGGUUUUGACUUCUUCACCUGGACACCAUCAAACCCUUGAGUGUUUGAGUUACUCACAAGCCAUUGUGAAGCUGAAGACCAAAUCUACAAAGCUUUGUACUCCAAGAGUUUGCUUGCAACCAUUGAAAUUAGCCCCUGAAGGUUUAUAGAUUUUUUUUUCUCUACCCUGAUUAUUUCAAAAUAAUCAGAGUAGAAAUUUACCCUUCAGAAUAUGGUCUAAAGGGUAAAUUGCAUUUUUCUAUUACUUUUUUCUCUGUAUAGCAGAAAUUGAGUAAUACCACUCUUAUUAAACUUAAAGGGUUUACAGAUUAUGCUUUUAUGUAU